AUGAGAGAAAUAAUACAAUUACAAAUAGGAUAAUGUGGAAAUCAAAUAGGAACUAAAUUUUGGGAGGAAAUAGCUCAAGAACACAGAAUUGAUGAAAAUGGUUAAUUAAUUGAAUAAGAACAUGAGUUUUAAUAAUACUUGGAUGUUUACUUUAAUGAAGUCAAUGGAAAUAGAUACAUACCAAGGAAUGUAUUGAUAGAUUUAGAGCCAGGAACAUUGGAUAGCGUGAGGGCAAGCAGAUAUGGAAAAUUAUUCAGGCCUGACAAUUUCAUAUUUAGUUAAGGUGGAGCAGGUAAUAACUUUGCAGUUGGACAUUAUACAAAUGGAACUGAAAUAUUAGGUGAAGUUUUGGAUGUAAUAAGACAUCAAGUUGAAAGUUCUGAUUGCUUACAAGGAUUUUAGUUGACCCAUUCGUUGGGAGGUGGUACAGGAUCAGGAUUUGGCACUUUGUUACUAUCAAAAUUAUAAGAGGAUUACUGUGAUAGAAUAUUUCAAGCCUAUUCAGUGUUUCCUUCAGUAAAAGUAAGUGAUGCAGUGGUAGAAUAUUAUAAUACUGCUGUGGCUGUAAAUCACUUAAUUGAAAAUUGCUCAUAAUGUAUGUCAAUAGACAAUGAAGCCCUGUACAACAUUUGUACGAAUACAUUAAAACUAAAGAAUACUUGUUACGGAGAUCUAAAUCAUAUAAUAUCAGCUUCAAUGUCAGGAACUACUUGCUCACUUAGAUUUCCAGGUCAAUUAAAUAGUAGUUUGAGAAAAUUAAGUGUGAAUUUGGUACCAUUCCCCAGAUUACAUUUCUUCACUACUUCAUUUGCUCCUUUAACUUCAAGACAUAGCAUGUAAUAUAGAUCCUUAAAAAUAUCAGAAGUGAGUGAUCAGAUGUUUGACCCUCAGAACUAAAUGUGCGCAAUCAACUGCAAAUAAGGAAGAUACUUGACUGGGGCUUGUUUGUUUAGAGGGUAAUUUUCAAGCUCAGAGGUCGAGAAAUAAAUUAUUCAAUACUAAAAGAAGAACCCUUAGAAUUAAGUUUAGUGGUUGCCAAACAAUAUGAAGGUUUCUCAAUGCAAUGUUUCUUAGAAGGGAGUAGUUAAUUCCGGUACAUUCAUUGGGAACACGACUGCUAUAAAUGAAAUGUUCAGAAGAAUUUACAAUAAUUUCUAGGCCAUGUUCAAAAGAAAAGCUUUCCUUCAUUGGUACACCAACGAGGGAAUGGAUGAAUUGGAAUUCACUGAAGCUGGUGCAAAUGUACAAGAUCUAAUCUCAGAAUACUUACAAUAUUCAGAAUUUAAUGAUGAUGAUGGUGACGAGUAAGAAUGA